UGUGAAAUGUUUACAAUUUUUGCAACUGAUCUCCGAUUUUAUAAUCAUUCUACUCAUAGCUAGUAAACAACAAAGUUCAUAUAAAAGUAUAAUUAUUUAUAGAUUUUUCUAAAGCCCAAAAUGGGAGAUUAUGAUUCUGAUGAUGAGAAAUCGCAGAUUGAAAAGCUGCGAUAUGCAAAAGUGCCGCGAGGGAUGUUUGUUAGCGGCUGGGAUGACGAUGCCGAUGAACUUAUCGAAGAAGACAACAAUCCACAAGCUAGUAUUGAAAGAAUGAUUCUGUGGGCAGUAAAUGAAAAUAAGAUCUCUGAAGUACGCGAUAUAUUAAAAUUAGAUGCUGAAGCCGUAUUUGCUAGAGACGAUGACGGCUAUACACCUUUACAUCGUGCAUGUUAUAACAAUUUUGUCGAUAUAGCUAAAUUACUUCUAGAGUACAAAGCUGAUCCAAACGCUCGAACAAAUCUUGGAUGGACACCAUUGCAUUCAGCUUGUAAAUGGAGUAAUGCAGAAUGUGCAGCAUUGCUGCUACAACAUGGAUCAGAUGUAAAUGCUAAGUCAGAAGGGGAACAAACACCUCUGCAUGUAACUGCAACUGUAUCUAAUUGUCGAAAUACAGCUACUGUACUUUUGAUGAAUGAAGAAAUAAAUCCUCGUGCAUUAAAUAAUUCAGAGGAAACAGCGGGAGAAAUUGCGAGACGUACCGGCAUGACAUUUCCCGUUUUUGAGAUGGGCCAUCAAGCUUAUGACGUAGAAACUGGUAUAAUUGACUAAUUGUCAUGUAAAACUAGAUAUAACUUUUUCA